AAACGUCAAGUCAAGUUUGACAUUUGUUGGUGCUAUCAUCAUCUGGAAUAAAAUGAAUGUAAUUUCUCUGUAGAAAUCGAAGAAAAUUCAGUCUCGCCAAUUUCCAAGCGAAAUGUGUCAGUGAAUGUUUUGUAAGCAGAUUUGGCAUGUAACAUGUAAAUUGGACGAAUUUUCAAACAUUUUUCGGAUAUUUGUGUAUGGUUUGACAAGUUUUUGGUGGCUGUUGUGGAAUAGUGUAUGAUAACAUAUUGGUCGGGUGUGGUUGAAUGAAAAAAAAAGAAGUGAAUUUGCAAUACGUUUAAUUAAAAUGACCGAAAAUACAAUGGACAUACUGGAAAUGAAAAGUGAUACACAAAGUAUCGACAGCAGUAACAGCAAAAUGAAUAAAAUCUUUCAAAAUGAUGAUAUUCAAAAGGCCAUUGACCAGAUUAUCCGGUCAGACUCGAUUGAAAACCCGGAUUUCAACGCCGCUGAUUACAUUAAUCAGCUUUUUCCCACAGAACAGUCGUUGUCGACAAUCGAUGAUGUUCUCGCCAAAAUGGAAAACGAAUGCCAACAAAUCGAUGAAAAUAUUCGCUCGGUCGUCCGUAGCCAAACAACUACCGCACAAGAUGGGCGUUGUGCAUUGUCUGAAGCUCAAAAAGUCAUAGGCCAUUUGUUUGAACAAAUUAUUGAAAUUAAAACGAGAGCCGAGAAAACCGAAGACAUGGUCAAAGAAAUUACGCGCGACAUUAAACAGUUGGACUGGGCAAAGAAGAAUCUAACGACCGCGAUAACAACGUUAAAUCACUUGCACAUUUUGGUUGGUGGCAUUGAAAAUCUCUCAAAAUUGGCGGAAAACCGUCAGUACGGUGAACUGCUCAAUCCAUUGCAAGCAAUCAUCGAAGUGAAUAAACAUUUUCAACAGUACACCGAAAUUCCGAAAAUUAAGGAUCUAUCGGUGAAAGUAAAGCAAAUCCAGGAGAAGCUUGCCACUCAAAUCACAGCCGACUUUCACAAUACAUUGAUGAAUUCAAUUGGUUCGUCGUCGCAUCCGUCUGGAGAUAAAUUGUCUUUAUCACAAUUGGCCGAUGCUUGUUCGGUCGUCUCAGUUCUUGAAGAUCAGAAAGUGAAAGGCGACCUUUUAAAAUGGUUUAUCUCGCUUCAAUUGCAAGAAUACGAGCAAUUAUUCCAUGAGAGUGAUGAUAUGGCUUGGAUUGCAAAAAUCGAUAAACGCUAUGCAUGGCUGAAGCGUCACUUGCUUGACUUUGAAAAUCGUCUCGGAAAAGUGUUUCCUGUCGACUGGGAAGUAUCUGAACGAAUGACAAUACAAUUCUGCAUAAUAACUCGAGAUAGCCUUGCGGCACUGAUGCAAAAACGUCGCACUGAAAUCGAUGUGAAAUUGUUGCUAUUCGCUAUCUCAAAAACACAACAGUUUGAAUUGCUGCUAGCAAAACGAUUUAAUGGUCUUGUGUUGGCAUCGAUGAACAUCACAAAAAAGGCUCGAGCUCCGAAAAUCGUUACAAUCGACGAUAAACAUGCAAAUCCAGUCGAUACAGACGCAAGUCAAAUCGGAAAUUCGCCAUUUAUCGGUUUGAUUGGUGUAUGCUUCGAAGCAUUCUUGGAUAUUUACACCGAUAGCAUUGACCGUAAUUUGGCCGAACUCAUCGAAAGAUUUGUAUUGGAAAAUAGCAAGACGAAGGCGGAAUUCGAUCCAAUCACCAACAAUUCAACCGUUUUUCCGAGUUGCGCCGAUUUGUUCGUUUUCUAUAAGAAAUGCUUGGUGCAAUGCACUCAAUUGAGCACUGAGCGGCCGAUGUAUCUAUUGACACAAAUUUUCAAGAAAUAUCUUCGCGAAUACGCUAGCAAAAUCUUGGAACAAAAAAUGCCGAAAGCAUCUGCACAGGCAACUUCUUUGGUAGGCACAAGUAUGUCGAUGCUAACAAAAGACUUCCAAAACCUGUCGACGGCAGCUGGUAAUGUGAUUCAAAACUUCCUAAAAGAAGGUGAUCAACCGCGCUAUUCUCGAGAUGAAAUCGUUCGUUUGUGUUGUAUCUUGACAACGGCGGAAUAUUGUGUGGAAACAGUCGAUCAACUGGAAGCCAAGCUAAAAGAGAAAAGUGAUGAGGCCUAUACCGAUAAAAUUGAUUUAUCCGAUGAAAAAGACAUAUUCCAUCGCUGUAUUUCAAACUGUAUCCACCUUAUGGUGCAAGACAUUGAAUGUGGCUGCGAAGCAGCGCUCAUUGUUAUGAAUAAGACUACUUGGUAUAACAUUCAAAAUGUUGGCGAUCAAAGUCCCUUCGUCAAUUCAAUUCUAUCAAAUUUCCAUACAACCAUUCCAAUCAUUCGCGAUAAUUUAUCAGCGUCUCGAAAAUAUUAUACACAAUUUUGUCAUAAAUUCGUCAAUUCGUUCAUUCCCCGCUACAUAAAUGCAUUAUACAAAUGCCGUCUGAUGAAUAGUUCGUCGGCAUCGAAUUCAGAUUCGGCUAGCGCAAAUGCAUCGUCUGGUGUGGCCAAUAACAAUAGUAUCCUUGGUUGUGAGCAACUUUUGCUCGAUACGCAUAGUUUGAAAACAAUUCUACUCGAUUUGCCAUCAAUUGGAUCGCAGGUGAAGCGCAAAGCACCGCCAAGUUACUCAAAAGUGGUGGUCAAAGGAAUGACAAAAGCCGAAAUGAUUAUCAAAAUUGUGAUGCAACCGACAACACCUGCUCAAGCAUUCAUUGAACAUUACCUAAAACUAUUGCCGGAAAGUUCUCAAACCGAAUUCAAUAAAAUAAUGGAUAUGAAAGGACUAAAACGAUCUGAUUCCACGUAUUUACUCGAACUGUAUAAGCGAAUGGCUCCAAAAGACACAGUACAACAAUCAACAAAUCCAUUUGAAAAUGAUAGCGAUUCCAUUGAAGCAAACACACCUUUGACGAAUGCAAUAAAAUCAUCCUCCAGCGAGAAUUCGAUUGCGUCAACCAUCAAACAAACGGCCAGCAACGUGACAUCAUCGCUGACUGCUUCAGCUGACAAGGGUCGAAUUCGAAAACUUGAAAAUUUGAUCAAAAAACGUUUGCCGUAAAAAUCGAUAUGAAUAAUUCAUCAUGCGAACGUAUAGUACUAAAAUCAUGUUUUUUUGUGGAUUUCCGUGCCCCUUUAACACAUUUAGUGCUCGUAUCAUGAAUAAAAUAUAUGGGAAAAUAAAAAUAAAAACCAUUCAAGCCAAAA